AUGACAAUACUGCAGAAGGAGAACAAAGACAUGUGGUCCCUCUGGCCCCUCCACCAGCUACUGAGGGUACAGGAGCACCAAUCCACUCUCUUUUCUCCACAUCUGUCCCCAGAGUACACAGGGAUCAGACUGGUGAACGGCAGCACAGUGUGUGCGGGGAGGGUUGAGGUCCAGGUGCUGGGAACCUGGGGGACCCUCUGUGCCUCCCGCUGGGACCUCUCGGAUGCCCACGUUCUCUGUCGUCAACUCAACUGCGGGUUUGCUGAGUCCAUUCCUGGAGGAGAAUAUUUUGGGAGAGAAACUGGCCCUGUCUGGAGAGACUCAUUCCACUGUGACGGGACUGAAGCUCUCCUGCAGCAGUGCCCAGUGACCACCUUGGGCGCCUCGCCGUGCUCCCAAGGGAACGCUGCUGCUGUCCUUUGCUCAGCCGGCUUUGGAUCCCUGCGGCUGGUGGGCGGAGGGAGCCGGUGCGACGGACGAGUGGAGAUCUUCCAGGAUGGGGCGUGGGGCAGAGUCCUGGAUGAGCAGUGGGACGUGCAGGAGGCCAGCGUGGUGUGCCGGCAGCUGCAGUGCGGAGAGGCAGGGACAGCCUACAACCCCCCAAAGCCUGAGCGAGGGACGGGCCCCGUGGGGCUGCGAGGGGUCCGGUGCGCAGGGCACGAGGCCAAGCUGACCCUCUGCAACACCUCCCUGCCCGGCAGUGCGCUGGCGGCAGGGCUUGCGGAGGACGUGGGAGUCAUUUGCUGGGGGAGCCGGCGGGUCCGGCUGGUGAACGGGGCCGGGCGCUGCGCGGGGAGAGUGGAGAUCUACUCCCAGGGCAUCUGGGGGACUGUCUGCGACGACGGCUGGGACCUGUCUGAUGCCGCCGUCGUUUGCCACCAGCUGGGCUGCGGAGAGGCAGUGGAGGCAGCCGGCUCCGCUUUCGGGGAAGGCUCCGGGCAGAUCUGGCUGGAUGGUGUGAACUGCUCCGGGGCCGAAGCUGCUCUCUGGGACUGCCCGGCUGGGCCCUGGGGGCAGCACGACUGCGGGCACAAAGAGGAUGCGGGAGUCUCUGCUCAGUUCGUGGCCCUGAGGCUGGAGAACAGCGACGGCUGCUCCGGGCGCCUGCAGGUUUUCUACAACGGGACAUGGGGGAGUGUUUGCUCUAACUCCACUCAGGACACGGUGACACUGGCGUGCAAGGAGCUGGGCUGCGGGGACGGAGGAUCCCUGGAAACACGCCUGCCCUCUGGCAGGGUGUCUGGCCCUGCCUGGCUGGAUCGCGUGCAGUGGGAGAGAAACAGCUCCUUCUGGCAGUGUCCCUCCACGCCCUGGAAUCCACAGUCAUGUGAAUACCUGGAAGAGGAGAUCCACAUCACCUGCAAUGGGGGACAGCCAGAAAUGCCUCCAACCUCACCGGCGCCGUGCCCCAACUCCACGAGCUGCACAGGUAGGGAGAAGAUUCGUGCCGUGGGAGGCAAGGACGGGUGCUCGGGCAGAGUGGAGGUCUGGCACCGUGGCUCCUGGGGGACGGUGUGCGACGACUCGUGGGACAUGCAGGAUGCCGAGGUGGCGUGCAGGCAGCUGGGCUGUGGCCCCGCAGUGUCUGCCCUGCAUGAGGCUGCGUUUGGGAUGGGGACGGGCCCCAUCUGGCUGGAGCAGGUGGAGUGCCGGGGGACGGAGCCAUCCCUGCAGGACUGCUGGGCCUGGCCCGGGGACAGCGGGGCUUGCCGGCACAAGGAAGAUGCUGCCGUGAGCUGCUCAGGCUCCAGAAGAGCCCAGGAGCCCUUCCCCGAGGCUGUGUACGAGGAGAUCGGGUACAGCCCAGCGUGGGAGAAACGAGCCAGGUUUGAUCGCUCAGGCUCCUAUUCAGAGGAGUCCCUGACCCAGCUGCAGCCCCACCCUGGGGUCAGCGAGGAGGAGAAUGGUCUGGGAUCAGCACCAGCUGCAAGGAGUGCCUCUCCCUGGGAGUGGGGGACAGUGGCCUCCCUGUGGGCAGUGUGCCCUGGUCUGGGAACUGAGGUUGAGGUGAAGGAUGUGUGUGAGGAAAGGAGCAGUCUUUGCACCAGUGAGAAUGACCAUGAGGAGAGAGACAGAGUCUUUGCAGAGACCCCUCAGUGGAGAGAUCCCGAUCUCUGUGGAGCAGGGAAGGAGACCCAGCUGGAGAACACCCCAAAGACACACUGA